CCUCCACGCCGAAGAGAAGAGGUUCUAUCCGGGGCCUUGGCGCUUCUCUUUCCUUUCGCGCCGGUUGCCGCUGCGGAGCGCGGCGGGUCCAUGUGCGCAGUGAGCGGCGCUAUUCCUGGCCCAGUAGUACCCGAUCCCCGGGUUUGACUGCGUCCGCCCUGCGAUGGACCCCAACACCAUUAUCGAGGCCCUGCGGGGCACCAUGGACCCAGCCCUGCGUGAGGCCGCGGAGCGCCAGCUCAAUGAAGCACACAAGUCUCUGAAUUUUGUUUCAACACUGCUUCAGAUUACUAUGUCGGAACAACUGGAUUUACCUGUGAGACAGGCAGGUGUUAUCUAUUUGAAAAAUAUGAUAACACAGUAUUGGCCUGAUCGGGAAACGGCACCAGGGGAUAUAUCCCCUUAUACUAUUCCAGAAGAAGAUCGACAUUGUAUUCGAGAAAAUAUUGUAGAAGCCAUUAUCCACUCUCCUGAGCUCAUCAGGGUACAGCUUACUACAUGCAUUCACCAUAUCAUCAAACAUGAUUAUCCAAGUCGUUGGACUGCCAUUGUGGACAAAAUUGGCUUUUACCUUCAGUCUGAUAACAGUGCAUGUUGGCUAGGAAUUCUUCUUUGCCUCUAUCAGCUUGUGAAAAAUUAUGAGUAUAAGAAACCAGAGGAACGGAGUCCAUUGGUAGCAGCAAUGCAACAUUUCCUGCCAGUUCUAAAGGACCGUUUUAUCCAGCUUCUUUCUGAUCAGUCUGAUCAAUCUGUCCUCAUCCAGAAACAGAUUUUUAAGAUCUUCUAUGCUCUUGUUCAGUAUACACUACCACUGGAGCUGAUAAACCAACAGAACCUGACAGAAUGGAUAGAAAUUUUAAAGACUGUUGUGAACAGGGAUGUACCUAAUGAAACACUUCAAGUUGAAGAAGAUGAUAGACCUGAGUUACCAUGGUGGAAAUGUAAGAAGUGGGCUUUACAUAUCUUAGCAAGACUUUUUGAAAGAUAUGGAAGCCCUGGCAAUGUUUCCAAGGAGUAUAAUGAAUUUGCUGAAGUAUUUCUGAAGGCAUUUGCUGUUGGUGUCCAACAAGUUUUAUUGAAAGUGUUAUAUCAGUACAAGGAGAAGCAAUAUAUGGCUCCUCGAGUUUUACAACAGACGUUAAAUUAUAUUAAUCAAGGAGUUUCUCAUGCUCUCACCUGGAAGAAUCUGAAGCCUCAUAUACAAGGCAUUAUCCAAGAUGUUAUUUUUCCAUUGAUGUGCUAUACAGAUGCUGAUGAGGAACUUUGGCAAGAAGACCCCUAUGAAUAUAUACGCAUGAAGUUUGAUGUGUUUGAGGAUUUCAUCUCUCCUACCACUGCUGCCCAGACACUUUUGUUUACAGCUUGUAGUAAGAGGAAAGAGGUACUACAAAAGACUAUGGGAUUUUGCUACCAGAUUCUUACAGAACCAAAUGCUGAUCCUCGAAAAAAAGAUGGAGCCCUGCAUAUGAUUGGCUCUUUAGCUGAAAUACUUCUGAAGAAAAAGAUCUACAAAGAUCAGAUGGAAUAUAUGUUGCAGAAUCAUGUAUUCCCUCUCUUCAGCAGUGAACUAGGCUACAUGAGAGCGAGGGCUUGCUGGGUCCUUCACUAUUUUUGUGAAGUGAAGUUCAAAAGUGACCAGAAUCUGCAAACAGCCCUAGAGCUGACACGAAGAUGUCUGAUUGAUGAUAGGGAAAUGCCUGUUAAAGUGGAAGCUGCCAUUGCACUUCAAGUGCUGAUCAGCAAUCAAGAGAAAGCUAAAGAAUACAUCACACCAUUCAUCAGACCUGUCAUGCAGGCUCUUCUUCAUAUUAUAAGAGAAACAGAAAAUGAUGAUCUUACCAAUGUAAUUCAGAAAAUGAUCUGCGAGUAUAGUGAAGAAGUUACUCCUAUUGCAGUAGAAAUGACACAACAUUUGGCAAUGACAUUUAAUCAAGUAAUCCAGACUGGGCCAGAUGAAGAAGGAAGUGAUGACAAAGCAGUUACUGCUAUGGGAAUCCUGAAUACCAUCGACACACUUCUUAGUGUAGUUGAAGAUCAUAAAGAAAUAACCCAGCAGCUUGAAGGAAUCUGCUUACAGGUCAUUGGAACUGUUUUACAACAGCAUGUCUUAGAAUUCUACGAAGAGAUCUUCUCUUUAGCACAUAGUUUGACAUGUCAACAAGUGUCUCCACAGAUGUGGCAGCUGCUACCUCUGGUAUUUGAGGUUUUUCAGCAAGAUGGCUUUGAUUACUUUACAGAUAUGAUGCCUCUGCUUCAUAAUUAUGUAACAGUUGAUACAGACACACUUCUGUCUGAUACCAAGUACCUUGAAAUGAUAUACAGUAUGUGCAAAAAGGUUCUUACAGGAGUUGCAGGAGAAGAUGCAGAAUGUCAUGCAGCAAAAUUGUUAGAGGUCAUCAUUCUGCAGUGCAAAGGGCGUGGCAUUGACCAGUGUAUUCCCUUAUUCGUGGAAGCAGCUUUAGAGAGACUGACAAGAGAGGUGAAGACAAGUGAACUUCGAACAAUGUGCCUGCAAGUUGCCAUUGCAGCUUUGUAUUAUAAUCCACAUCUACUUCUCAACACCUUAGAAAAUCUUCGCUUCCCUAAUAAUGUUGAACCAGUUACAAAUCAUUUUAUUACACAGUGGCUUAAUGAUGUUGAUUGUUUCUUGGGGCUUCACGACAGAAAGAUGUGUGUUCUGGGCCUAUGUGCUCUUAUUGAUAUGGAACAAAUACCACAAGUUUUAAAUCAGGUUUCUGGACAGAUUUUGCCAGCUUUUAUUCUUUUAUUUAAUGGAUUAAAAAGAGCAUAUGCCUGCCAUGCAGAACACGAGAAUGACAGUGAUGAUGAUGAUGAAGCUGAAGAUGAUGAUGAAACGGAGGAACUGGGGAGUGAUGAAGAUGAUAUUGAUGAAGAUGGACAAGAAUAUUUGGAGAUCCUGGCUAAGCAAGCGGGUGAAGAUGGAGAUGAUGAAGACUGGGAAGAAGAUGAUGCUGAAGAAACUGCCCUGGAAGGCUAUUCCACGAUCAUUGAUGAUGAAGAUAACCCUGUUGAUGAGUAUCAGAUAUUUAAAGCUAUAUUUCAAACUAUACAAAAUCGUAAUCCCGUGUGGUAUCAGGCUCUGACUCAUGGUCUUAAUGAAGAACAAAGAAAACAGUUACAGGAUAUAGCAACUCUAGCUGAUCAAAGAAGAGCAGCCCAUGAAUCCAAAAUGAUUGAGAAGCAUGGAGGAUACAAAUUCAGUGCUCCAGUUGUGCCAAGUUCUUUCAAUUUUGGAGGCCCGGCACCAGGGAUGAAUUGAGUUAUACCACUUUCCUGCAGUGUGAUUGUAGUGAAGAGCUUGUGUUCCUCCUAGUAGCGGUUCCAGAACUGGUUCAUGUUAUCCACUCUAAACUAAUUGAUCAAUAGAUGGACAAAAAAAAACCCAGGAGGUGGGACCUGAUCAUGCAACUUGGCACUGAAAAUGAAUCCAGAGGGAUUUUGGCGGGGGAGGGAGGUAACCUGGGGGGCAGGGAGUAUUUUCUUUAUUUUUUGAAGAAAGUAAGAUUCUGACUGAAAGUUCAAGUGACACUGUGGAAAUCUGCAACAAGAGGGGAUGUCAUGAAGGCAGCUUUUCUUUUUCCGAGGAAAAAAUAGGCAUGGGCUACAGGACUAUUUAAAAUGUCUCAUUUACAGUAUAAGCUCAGAGGUAGAUGUAAUUUUUACACCUAUGAGUAUUUGUCAGAUUUCUGUCUCUUCCUCACCAUUGGGUAUCUAUUCUUUAUAUGUAAAUAAGAUAAGGUAAUCGAUAGCCUUAUUCAAUCUUCAUCAUUUUCAUCAUCAAAGAUUGUUCCUAUGUAGAUUAUUGGACAUUUAUUGUAGCACUACAUAACUGAUUAAAAAAAAUCUGUAAAUGAAUUAGCACUUUCAUAUUGAAACAAGCCUGCUAGCCUAUGUAUAAAAUAGCAAAAUGUUUGCUGUUUAUAAAAAGAUGGGAUGUAAUGGGGUGGGGGGCAGGGGUAAUUUCAAGUUAUUAAUUUAAAAAUGAACUAGCAAUUUUGUACCUGGUGACUUUGUGGUGCACUCACCUCUGAUAGUGACUUGAAUUCGGUAUGUUAAAAGGGGUUAGUGAUAUUUCAUUGCUGCUAAAAAUGGCAACUCCCUCUGUGUCCUGUUUUUUCUUAAAGCUCUCAGUGUACAAGUGGAUAUUUGGAUACAAGACCUUACUGUAACAAAUAGGAAAGAUGAUAUUUGAAGCAUGUAAAUUGGAUAUAAAGUUCUACUCUUAAAGAGUUGAUAAAAGAGUAUGGCUAAACAUCUAUAUAUGCAAUCUAUUAAAAGAACUUAAUUCGGCUA